CCUCUUUGUCCGCAGAGAGAAUCAUCCCUUAGAGUCGGACCUGGAGUGGAGAAGACCAAUUGUGGCCUGAACAAAGACAGACGGAGAGAACUAAUGCCAAGGCCUUCUCCUCCUCAGACAGCCUAGCGAAGGUCCAGGAGGUAGCAAGCUGGCUUUUGGAAAUGAACCAGGAUCUGCUGUCGGGGGGCAGCAGCAGCAGGCGGGGUCGGGGGCCGGGGGGUCCGGCAGUCCGAGGUAACGCCUCCUCCACGACCCGGGCACCCCAACAGGCAGCAGAGGAGGGUGAUGAGGAUGAGCACAUGAACCGGGUAGUAGAGGAGGAAGAGCAGCUGCAGCAGAGGGCUGAGGCGUCGCAGGUUGAUGGCGAGAGGGAACAACCAUGGGCGCCAAGUGAGUCGGGAGCCAGCAACGGCCCCCGGGGGGACGAGGACGGCGAGGAAGACGAGGAGGGGCCUCCAAACGAAGUGAACGGAGGCGAGAAAGGAGCCCGAUGGAUGUGGGGGGCGGAGCAGAGGAGACUACGAGGCCAGCCGCUGGGCGAGGAGGAAGAGGAGGAGGAGGAGGAGGAAGAGGAGGAGAACAACAACAGCAGCAGUCACCAAGAGGAGGAGGAGGCG